AAAAGCUGACAGCUGAGGGACCUGACGCUUGUGAUUUUUAAAUUAGAAUACACAAUACCAAUUUUAAUCGUCGUAGUUAUGAAUUUUUAUUAAUAAUUUUACCUCCAUGUAUUCGCUAGUUUGUAAUUCAUAAGCAUUAAUUAUAUAUAGGGAAAAUUGUAAAUAAGUAUAAAAGAUAUUUCAUGGUUGUUGCUGUAAAAUGGAAGAAACAAGUUAUUCCAGUAGAGAUGACUACACGCGGAGCGGUAUUAGAAAUUGUGAUAUAAGUAUGUCUGAAACGUUAGCAGAUUUCACGAGAUUACGUAUAUCGGCUUUAACAAACGCAGCUGAAAUUAGUCCCCAUAUAACAGAAGUCACUAUCGGUCCCAGAAGUCCUAAAACGAAAGAAAAAGUAAAGGUCGAUGCUAUAUCAAAUAAUAAUAAUCAAGAAUUUGUUGACUUAUUAGAAGAUAAAGUUGGCGAGGAGCUACGUUACACUUUGUUACUAAAAGAUUAUGAAGAAAAAUUACAAAAUAAUUCAGAAGACUUGUUUAAAAAUUUACUCGAAAAAAUGGUCGCUUCCUACGCAGAUACUAUGCAAAGGUAUUGGAAGAACCAAAGUGAUGAGUGGAAACGUAAAUCCUUAGAACUCAGAGCAAGAAAACUGCUAAUGGCAAAGCAACUGCAAGAGAAUGAUAAUUUGACAGUGCUUGAAAAGGCUAGGCUGGACGAACAGAAUUGUCAAAUGAUCAACCAACAGACUAUUGAGAAUAUGAAUAGAAUAUUAGAUGAACAAAAUAAAGCCACUGUAAGAUUUGCGGCUAUUACUGACAGUCGUACAAAAAUAUGUAUGUGUUACAAUGAAAUAACAAAUCUUGUUCAAAGAGAGCCACUAGCUAAAGAAAUAUUAGAAAAGUAUAUUUCCUCACUAAACACUGUUAUAGGCAAUAUAACUGCAAUCAUGGACUUCUGUAAAACUGGUACAAUUACUGACAAAGAAGUAAAACAAUCUGAAGUAUUAUCGUGGAAUAUCGAGAAUAUAAAACAGAAAAUUAUAGAUGACAUUAAUUUAGUCAAGCAACAAGAGAUGUUAAAUAAACAAAUAGAAGAAGAAGAAGCUAGACAGAAAGAAAUUAAGGAAAUGGAAGAACAACAGGCGAAAGCCGCAGAAACUGCCCGUAUUGAACAGGGUCUUAUACAGCAAGCUAGAAGAGCUCAAUCUAUGUUUUAUUCAGAAAAAAAUUAUACAUAUUUUAAGGAAUUGAAAAGUUUUCUCGAUUGUUAUGAGAGUAGCUACAAAGAUUUAUUAGAAAAUACUAAUUUAAAAAAAUUCAGAUUUGACUGCCAAAAAGCUGUAAACACUCCUGUUAAUGCAUUGUCAUCAGUGAGUGGUAUGCACAUGAGAGAUAAAUUCGAUAAAUUAGCAAAACUUCUCCGAGGGGAAAAAGUCCAAGUACUGGAUACAUUUGUUACGGCAUCACAGCAUCCUCAAGGCUUACAUUAUUGCACAGCCCUGUUAGCUAAAAAAAUUGUAAGACAAGGAGAUCUCUUAGUUUCUAGCAACCCUGAAGCUGCCUUUCCAUUAGCAGCUGUGACAGUUGCAUUGUGGUCGCAAUUUCCAGAAUUUGGUAAACUGCUUGAAGCAUAUUUCCACAGACAAUGUCCAUAUUUAGUGCCAAUGAUGCUUCCUCAGAAAGAAGGACAAACAGACAAAGAGUUUUAUAUGUCUAGAGGAUACACCUACAAUGAUGAAGGAGUAGUUGAAAAACAGGACAAAUUUUUGAAACGUAUGUCUGGUAUAUUUAGACUUCACUGUGCUAUAUGGAUAGCUAAAACACCUAAAUUCAUGAAUGCCUCAAAUCCUCAUAGCUUACGAUAUGGGUGGCAGUGGCUUGCAUCCUUUAUUAACCUCAAACCAGAACCAGAUAUAAGUGCCACAUUGAUACAUGAUUUCUUUACUGUUUGUGGUUCAGAAUUCUUAAGACACUAUGGUAAACAAUGUACGAAAUUAUUAAAGUUAUUAAGCACAGAGUACUUAGCUAUACUUCAAAAUAUUGAUGAAGGUGGCCCUAAAACUAGGUUUGAAGUUUUUUUGCAAAGUGUUUUAAAGACUGGUCACAUCCCUCCACCAAAUGGGUUAUUGGCUCCAAAUACAUGGUGAUUAAUCAAUUGAUAAUGGUUAUGAUAAAUAAUUAAUUUAAACAAAUAAUUACUAAAUAAAUUUUGC